CGGGCCCGCGCGCGCUGCCGGCCUGACUUUGCGCCGGGUCGGGCGCUGCUGCUGCUCCUGCUGCGCUCCGGGCCGCGCUCGGUGCCGACGGCCGCCGGGAAGCGGGAGGCGAAGGGCAGCCCGGAGCCCGGGCCAACAUGGCUGAAGUCACCAUCGACCAAUCCAAGCUGCCGGGAGUCAAGGAAGUGUGCCGAGAUUUUGCUGUCCUGGAGGACCACACCCUGGCCCACAGCCUGCAGGAACAAGAGAUUGAGCAUCAUUUGGCAUCGAACGUUCAGCGGAACCGUUUGGUCCAGCAUGAUCUCCAGGUGGCUAAGCAGCUUCAAGAGGAAGAUCUGAAAGCUCAGGCUCAGCUGCAGAAGCGCUACAAAGCCCUUGAACAACAAGACUGUGAAAUUGCUCAGGAGAUUCAGGAGAAGCUGGCUAUUGAGGCCGAGAGACGACGCAUUCAGGAGAAGAAGGAUGAGGACAUAGCUCGACUCUUGCAAGAAAAAGAGUUACAGGAAGAGAAAAAGCGAAAAAAACACUUUCCAGAGUCCCCUGGAGCCAAUGCUUAUGGUGGUAGUUACUCUUAUGAAGAUGGAGACCAGCCACGGUCAAGGAGGGCAAGGGAGUUGGGUUCUGGCUUCUCAAAGUCUUAUAGACUCCAAAGUGAGGAAAAGACUGUGAAGCAGAGAAAGGAGAAAUCGAAACCUCCACAGGAGAACUUGGAAGAACUGGAAGAGCAUCGUUCAUCAGAGAAGCCUCUUUCGUCCUCUAGCUUGGGUAAAGCGAGGGACAAUCCCCAAAUUAACACUGAGCAGCCUGAAAGGAAACGAUCUGGUCAUGACAGGCUCCGAAGACCUCCUCUCCCCAAGAUCAGUGGUGAGGUGUUUCUGAGCACUGAAUCAGAAGACUGGGAGGCUAACCAUAGCCAUCGAACUCGGAAUUGGGAAAAACAGUCCAGGCACCAAGACCAACUUUCUCCCAAGGCCUCACAGAAAGCAGAGCUUCACUACAAGGAAGCUGUAUAUAGAAGCAACCGUGGGCAAGGUGAGCACAGAGAGAGGAAGCACAGGCCCAGGGCUCCUCCCAUCUCAGAGAGUGAGGCGCAGCACCAACUCCAUGAUGCAGGAAUGAAGCCCAGAGGGAUGAAGGAAGUGGUCUCUACUCCAUCACGAGUGACCAACAGGGAUCAGGAAUGGAAUGAUGCUGAAAUUGCCAGAAAACUGCAAGAAGAAGAAAUUUUGGCUACCCAGGUGGACAUGAGAGCAGCUCAGGUAGCUCAGGAUGAGGAAAUCGCUAGACUUCUAAUGGCUGAAGAAAAGAAAGCUUACAAGAAAGCCAGGGAACGGGAGAAAUCAUCUUUGGACAAAAGAAAGCAUGACCCCGAGUGGAAGCCCAAGACAGCUAAAUCAGCACACUCAAAGUCAAGAGAGAGUGAUGAACAUCACCAUUCUAAGAAUGACAGGCCAGCACGGCCACUACCACCUACCAUGACAGAGGCUGAGGAUUUGGAUUACACUCAUUUUACAAACCAGCAUAAUUCCACACGUCAUUUCUCAAAGUCAGAGUCUUCUCAUAAAGGUUUCCAUUAUAAGCCGUAAAAACCUAGAAACCUGCCUUGAAAAUGGACUCACUGUAGCAAAAUUACUGGAUGAUACAGAAUGCAUUCCAUGCUUAUUUUUUUCUCCUAUAUUUUGUAUUCCUCAGAUUUAUCCUCAAGUGUUUUUUAGACCAUAAAUAAUUUUCAUUCAUUUAAAAUGUUUUGGUUAUUCCUGAUCACGUGGGCAGUACAAGAAAAUCUGGCUUCUGAAUAUUGGCCACCUUUAUGCUGCAUAUGCUUCCUGGGAUAUAGUAUCUAAGAGCUCUAUAAAAUGCCAUUUUCGUUAGGUAUGGAGUAUUGAUAUCUAGGGAAUAGGCUUUCUUUAGCAAUUAGAAUUUUGUGGAGAUAAUGAUCAAAGUAACACAAUGUUUGGAUGCAAUGCAGAAUAAAAGAAUAUAAGAAAUAGCUUUUUUUUUGGUUCAUUAGUGUAUGAUAUAUUAAAAGACAGAGACAUUUGCUUUUUACUAUUCAAGGAAAGAAAAAAAUCACAACCAUAAAAUAUUAAAAAAAAAACAAAAACCUGGAACAGUUGAAAUAUGUAACAGACUACCAGGACUGUAGAGGUUUUACGUAUCCUUACAUGCCCUCCUGAGAAGAUUGACCUAGAUGUCGUUCACUAACACCGUCGCUGCCAUUGCCUCCUCAAUAGCAAGGCUUUCUGAAGCCUCUGCGCAUUGGACUAUCUAUUAGUAUUUACUAGCAAAAAUUUAAUUCUGUGAAGUUUUAACUAAAGUCUGUGCAAAAUCAACUGAAAAUCGAAAAACUGAAAAUGAAAAAUUUUGUAUCCCUUCUCUUAUUUUACAUUUACUUAUAAAGCCGAAGGGAAUGGAAUUGGAAAGAUGUUUCUAUACAUGGUGCUGCCAUCAUUUUCUCUAGCUGUAAGAUUGAUCAUAGCAGCAUAUGUUGGCAACCUCUCAAAAAUAUUUUGUGUGUCUGUCAAGAAGUAGAUUAAUUGGGCAUGAAGUUGAUAAAGGGGUUCUUCAUCCAACUAUUUGGUUCUACAUAUUUGUUAAUGACACAGGGGCAUUGGAUUCCUUUUGUGCCAGACCUUUAAACCCCUCUUCAAGAAAUAUGGAAUUUUUUUCCAUCUUCUAACCUCAUGGAAAUGCCUCUUUUCCCAUACUAGUUAGUUAACAUAAGUAUCAGUCAUGCUAUAUAUAUAAAUAAUAUCCUUUCAGCCUGACUUCCUGUUAUUUUUCAUUGUAUGAAUCUGACGUUUUUGGCAUUUUAGUGUGAUGUUUGUUUAGGAAAGAAAUCUGUGGGUGACUUGAGAAAAACGGUUAAUCCAUUCUUUUCUGGCUUCUGUUUGCCUUAUCUUUUGAGAUAGUCUUUAAAGUUGGGCAAUAUUCAGGAAGCUUUUUAGACUAGUUUCUCAGAGCAGAUUUGGGUUUUUCAUUUUGAGAAAGAUCUUUAGUUUCAUAAAGUUUUUGGACUGUGUGAACUUAAGUAAAAGAUAUCUAAGAAUUAAGUUUUGGGAAAAUGAUAAUCUAGAAAGAAACAAAACCCUUAAGGAUGUAGUCAUUUCAGAAAAUUGGGGAAAGGAAGAAUAACAGGACUUUGAAUGUCCAGGAUGAAAUGAAUGAGAAAAAGUCUUUAUUUAAAUAGGCAAGGGCAGACCAAACGGAGACCCUAGCCUUAAAUCAAAUUCCAGAGGGUGGUUUCAAUAUCCAAAGUUUAGGUACUGUUGAUUUACAGUAAUGCUAUAUUUUUCUUGGUCUGCCCUGUGAUUUUGCUUCAUGUUUUAAAAAGUUUUUUAUGGUAGCUUUAAAGAAAAAAAAACAGUAUAUUUUUACUUGCAAAUCAGGCAAAUGGGCAACAUUUGCCAUAUUUUUAUUUUAUAAAUGUUUAUUUUUCUAUCUCAUACAAUGAUCAGUUCUUCUUUUCAAAUUCUACGUUUCUCUUGCCUCUCAUGUAUUACUUCAUCCAGUCGUAUUUAUUAUUGUAAAAUGCUAACUGGAUAUAUUUUACUCAAAACAAAUGUCAGGUGAGUUAACACGUGACCAGGAUGUUAGUGUUUCAGCUGUCUUAGUGAGUGACCAAAGGUGGUAUUUCCCUCGUGACACACAAAUUCAGCAUCUGUAUUGAAAAUUUGUGUGUUUUUUUAAGGUUUUUAAAAGAUUAGAAUUUUUAAAUAUUUUAAUUUAAUUUAAUUUUUUGUGUAAAGCAAACACUUUAAGGAGUAUCAGAAUAAUUCUUUCCCUGUGAGUAAGGAGACAGAUCAAAUUCAACCAGUCGAAUUCCUCUUACUCUCAUUCAAAUAGUGUAAUUGUUAUCUUUGAGACUAUAGAAGCAACUAACAAUUGUAUUUUAAGAAACUGCCAGGCAUUCUUCACUGUGUUCUCUGCUUUUCACUUUGUCAUUUUUAUAUAAAUAUGGAAGCAUUUAUUUUGUUUCUGUUCCUACUGCUGGAACACAUGCAGUUUAAUUUUUAAGCCCACAAUGUAUUAUGCUUUAAUGUUGUGAUGUAAACUAAUACUUCUGGGCUUUAGAAAAUCUCUCUGUUUCCAUACCUCUGUUCUGUGGAGACCAGGUCUCAUUAACAUCAGUAUCACUGAAUGAGCACAGUGCGUUGCAGAACCUUAUCAUAAGGCUACUGGACAUGCACACCCCAUUGCCGCAACCUAACUUUUUGUAAGUCAUCGCCUGGAAGCAAGGUUAGAUAAGGGUAAGAUUAAAUGUUCUGAGUUGAAAAUAAUGUGACUCUACUGUCUAACCAUUGUUAGACAUAAUUUUAUUGGGAGACUGGACGGUUGCUACACAUGCUUUAAAAUAACACUGCAAUUUUUAGAAGGUGACUUUGCAUACAAAGUCUUGGACUUACUAUUUCCCAAGUGACUUUACAACAACCAGCAGCAGACUAAUGAACUGCAGGAAAGACUAUAUGGUUUUUGAUCAUAGAGAAACAUCUAAAUUAGAAAAGAUACGGAUAGAUGCUCCCAGGAGGAAAACCUUUUUAGAAUGGCAGUGGCCACUUGGAUCUAGAUCAACAUAUUCCAUAAUGCGUGAACUUGGGCCUGUGUUCCACUGGACUCACGAGGAAAUUAGGAACCAGACCUGUUUUCCCCUUUUCUUCUGUACUGUGGCCCACAGUGGGACUGGACCAUGAAUAAAUCCAUUGCAGACAUUGUCCGUACCUUUCGCACAAUCCUGGGACUUUUCAGUAUAAAACUGAUUAACUUUCAACUGAUUAUUGUUUUUCUUUACUACUGUCAAAUGUUCUCUGAAUUUUGUCUUGUGCCAGAUUGCUCUUUGGAAACACCUGGUAUACUAUGGUGCAUUUAGUUUACCACAUAAGUGGUUAACACUCUAGGGCCUUGAUUUUUAAUGAGUGUUGUCUUUAUAUAAAAAUCACGUUGGGGAGUACCAAGAUUAUUCCUUUAUUCAGUGAUGAUCUCCUUGAAAGAUAACUGCAGUGAUUGGCUGUAAUAUCCUCAGCCACAUAAAGACGUAAGACCCCUGUGUAAGCAGCUUUCUGAAGGACUGAGAACAAGAUAGAACUUGCACUCAAAGGCUUUUUUCCCUUUUGGGAAAGCACUAUUUGUGUUGGGGACGUUAAUACGGAAAGGGAAUCCUUCACGUAGAUUUCACUGUUACAUAGUUUGCUAUAUUCUGAUAAUACUGGCUUUUUAGAAACAAGCAUACAGAAAUCAAAACCUGCUCUUUGAGCGAAAAGGAAAAGAAACAAAGACAAAAACACUUUUGGAGUACUUUGUCCAUUGCUUACCGCUUGGAGUCAGAGAAAAGUUAGAUAAAAUGAUCCCAUUUUUCCUCCUAUCUGGUGGUGCCUGUGAGUCUUAAAGCCAUAACUGCUUAUCUUACUGGUGAUAGGAUCCUUUUUUUCUCCCUAGUCCGUAGUAGGUCAUCUGGGCAGGGAGAAGCAAACUGGAGACUGGCCUGAUAAUGCUGCACGGGGCGCCCAGUGUCACCCAGAGUUCUCUGGGAAGAGUCUCUUUUAUCCCUGAGAAUACAUAAGACUGUGAUCACUUCCUAAAUAAUUGAGAGUUGACUGUCUUCCUUUUCUAUGGCUACUGUGUAGAAGAUAUUUCCAAAGGUUCUCUUAUGCAGUGUGAAGUCAUUACGUUUUGUAAGAAUUUCACCAACACUCUUAUGUAUUAAAAUGCAUACAUUAACAAAGAAAGAAAACCAAACAAAACAGAGGCAUUUACUCAAAUGGGAGAUUUGUUGAUAUGAAGAGUGUUUGUAUUUUAUUACUUUUAAGAGAAAAUCAAUCUGAAACUUUUGCUAUGGUAGGGGAGACAUCAGAAUGUGUUUUAGGGUUGUAUUUGAUGCUACGGACUAACACAAUCAUCUAAGUAAUCAUGUUGAUUUGUGGAAAUGUCUGGUCCUAAAAAUCAUUCUCUUUGCCCUUAAAUAUGUGUGAACACUGCCUAGAUAUAUGUUCCUAAUAGACUUAAAUGUUUUUGUGUAUUCUCAGCAAACUAGAAAAUGUUUCUCUCAUCUUGAGUAACUUUUUCAUAGCAUAAGGCAUUUCAGAUAAGAACAGAACUAAUUGUGUAACUUAGUGCCCCAUGAUUCAUUGCUGAGUUUCAUAUAGAAAGAAUGGAAGAAUUGAAAGACAGGGGUCAAGUGACAUUUCCUUCACAAAAGAGCAAGGAUUAAGGACAGCAAAGAGAAGACAGUUGAGAGAAUAUACUAUUACACAUCAUACAUAUACUUAGGAUAAAUUUUUGUUGCACUGAGUUUCAGACCAUAAUUGCUAAAAGAGUUUCUAACUCUUUCUAAAUUUAGUGAGAGGGUUUUUGAUAUCGGAAUUUCUAAAAUUACUUAUUGAAUUAGCCUCUGAAAUCCCCAUAGGCUAUACCUUCAGCUUUGUCAUAGACUGAAAGCCAAAUGCCCUUUCUCGGAUAUAGCUAUAUUUUUCACCUGCCUCUUAAAGGCAACCCAAUACUUAGUUCAUGAAGUAUUAUGAUAGCAUAUAAAAAUGAUGUUCCAAAAUGAGAAUUCUCUGUAAUGCGGUUUUCCUUAAGAAGAAUCCAUCCCAACACUAUUGUAUUUUGAAAGGUGCCGAAUUAUAAAGUAUAGGAGUUUGUUCAUGUAAAUCAAGUUGCUCAGGACAUUUGAGGUGGUGCUGUCAUUUGUCUCAAAAUUUGGAAAAGUAUCCUCUUGCAAGAGGUAACUGCACAGUGCCCAGAGGUUUUGGAUGCUUUGGUAAGAAAGCCCUUUGACAUUUGGAAAGUAGAUGUUUAAAAAACAAGUGAGAUGUUAUCUCAAGUGCUCAUCAGUUUGUAGCCAAGCCCCGGAGGGAAAGGCAGCUUUGAAAUAGUUACUUCAUGGAACUGAACAGAACCUUAAUGGAAUAGAGUUGCCAGUCUGAGGACAGAAAACAAGGAGGCCACCUCAAAUCACAUGGCUAUCUAGAGAUUAAGUGAAACUGUGAGGGACACUGGCUGCCUUAAGGUGACUGAUGUUGGGUACCAGUGGGUAUGUGUGCACGCUUCUGGAAGAAGUUGAUGGAAACAGUCUGUUUCAAUCCACCUUCAUACAGCACAGGUUUCUGCUCAUGACCUCAUUGGGGAAAGUGAAAAAUGUGGUGCUGGAGACGUUCUUGUGUCUUGGGCGGCUGAGGUGCUAACGUCAUUCAGAAUCCAGUGCUCAAGCCUCCCUUCAGUGCCAGUUAUACAUCUUCAUUCAUUCAUCUAUGCAAGCUUGUGUUUCAGUGGUUCGUUUUUUACACCUUGUGACCCAUUGGAUUCUUUCAAUAUCAGGUUUAACAUUGAUAUUAUGAAUCAUUUUUAAACCAAAGUAUUGUAUAAGUCCGUGUGCUUGUUUUCCUGAACGGAUGGAGGCAAACACCAAUCUUGUCCUUUUCUCUUAAUACAGUCAUCCAUUUAUUA